AUGAAAACCCACUUUCCAGGAAGGCUGGAAACCGACAAAUUCAUCAACCGCGUCGGACAUAAUGAAACGACGUAUCAUACAUAUUUCUCGUACACGUUAUUAUGUAGCACUGUAGUGUACUGUACAAACCUUUUACGAAUUGAGGACUCCAUUUACACACAGAAGAAGAUAGAGAAAGAGGCAGGCGGUGACGAUACAGCAAUUAGAAUGGUUCAGAUCCAGGGCCGAGGUGGCAUGACCUCGGCCCUCGAUCUUGCAGCACAUUGGGCUCGCAAUUUCAAAUCAGGGUCACCUCGGCUCUUGGCUCCAAACACGGGCUUUAAUUCCGGGAUGAGAAGCAUUAUUCUUCCUUCCAGGGACAUGUUUCAUUAAUAAUCGAACCUAAAUUUCUCAAAAUUAUUAUUUUAUGAUCGAAGCGAAAAAGUGAGAACUUGAGUCCCUACUUCUGUACAUGUCUAUGGUGAUUGAAAAUUCUUUACUGUUAUUGUCUGUACAUCUUUUUUUGCUUUUUCAUCGUGUUGAUUUUUGGAUUCAAUAAAAGCCCUUGUGUCAUAUCAAGUUAUCAUGU